AUGAACGCUCCCAUGCAGCCUAAUUUUGCCCGGGGCUUUCCCCCGACCGCCCAGCGGUCUCCAGCCGCACCUCGUCGUGCCCCGGCGCCUGGCGCGAUGCCCAUGCCCAUGCCGCAACACGCUGUCAACCCUCAAUACAUGCCGGUGCAGCGCGCAAUGCCACACCCCAAUGAUCCUGCUCUGCACCGCAGUCGCAAGCCAACCGACAAGAAUAUCCCUGACGGAAUCGAGGAAGUCAUCAUCGGCGAGGGUGUCGAACAAUACAAGAAUCUUCGCGAUUUGGAGAAGCGAUUGGAUGCCGCCGUCGUACGCAAGCGAUUAGACAUCCAGGACUCUAUCAGCAAAACCGUCAAGAAGUACCGAACGAUGCGCAUCUGGAUCACCAACACCGUCGAGAGCCAGCCCUGGCAGGACGCCAGCAGCACUCCCGGAUCCGGUCGGUAUAAGGUGCGCAUCGAAGGCCGCCUCUUGGAUGAUAACAACGACCCUACCGUCCCAGAAACUGAUGAGGAAAAUCCCGCGGGCGCUGGUGACGAUGCGAUAAACCAGGACAAGGAAGAAGGAGAAAAGGAGAAGUCUGAGUCGAAGAAACAAUCCCAGCGCUUCUCUCACUUCUUCAAGACCAUCACCGUCGAUUUCGACAAGCCGGCCACUGCUGUUCCCGAAGAAGUCAAGCCGAUUACCUGGAACAAGCCUCAGGUACCACCGAACGCGCCCUCUUCCCCGCCAAACGCCGAAUUCGAUAGCAUUCAGUUUUCGCGCGGAUCGCAAGAGAACUUGAACGUCACCGUCAACCUUGUGCGGGACGAGACUCCAGAGCGGUACAAGCUGAGCAAGGAGCUGGCUGAAGUGCUGGAUGUGGAAGAGGAGACUCGCAGCGGAAUUGUGUUGGGCAUCUGGGAUUAUAUUCGCGCAAUGGAACUGCAAGAGGAUGAGGAGAAGCGCCAGGUGCGCUGUGACCACCGUCUUCGUUCGAUUUUCGGCCGCGAAACAAUGUUUUUCCCUCAAAUCCCAGAGAGCAUUGGACCUCACACCAGCCCUAUGGAUCCCAUCAAGCUCCCCUACACUAUCCGCGUCGACGAGGACUUCCACAAGGAACCUACCCCCACCAUCUAUGAUAUUCGUGUUGCCGUCGAAGAUCCGCUGCGCACCAAGAUGAUGGCUCUGACGCAGAACCCCAAAUACACCGCUGGCAUGCGGCAGAUCGCCUCGCUGGACGACCAGGUCGCUCUCAUCGUCCAAGCGCUCACGCACUCCCACGCACGCCACUCGUUCUACACAGCCUUGAGCAAGGACCCCGUGGCCUUCCUCCGUCGCUGGGUCAACUCCCAGCGCCGUGAUCUCGAGACUAUCGUUGGAGAUUCUGCAGAUACAAACGGCCCCGAGUUCCGCCGGGGAGGCAAUAACAGUGCAUGGGAGACUCCCGUGGCGAAGGACGCUGUGCGGUACAUGCUGGCCAAGCCUGAAGCUGCUAGGUAG